GCGGCCAUUCCGUCUUCUCACAGCAAGUAACAUGUUACUCAAGAAUGCUACACCAAAAUUGGAGUUCAACGCCGACACACAGUGCUUCAACAGCAACUCUUCGAAAAACAAUUGCAGUCCAGGAUGUCGCGGCCCGAGCAUAUCGCGCCUCCCGAGAUCUUUUACAAUGAUGUGGAAGCUCGGAAAUACUCAAAAAAUACCCGUAUUCAGUCUAUUCAGGCAGAAAUGACUGAGAGAGCUCUGGAACUGCUGGAUCCCGAAGGACCAUCAUUUAUUCUGGAUAUUGGAUGCGGUUCGGGAAUUUCAACUGCAAUCGCAGAGUCAUUUGGACACACACUGGUUGGAAUGGAUAUUUCUCCGUCCAUGCUCUCUGUAGCUUUGGAAAACGAUGAAGUGGAGGGUGAUCUGCUUCUUGGGGACAUUGGAGCAGGUGUUCCGUUUCGUGCGGGCACUUUUGACGGUGUUAUUUCCAUCUCAGCUAUUCAGUGGCUGUUAAACGCCGAUAAAACAUGUAACGUUCCUCAAAGACGUCUCACACGUUUCUUCGAGACACUGUACAGUAGCAUGAAACGGGGUGCCCGAGCUGUUAUGCAAUACUACCCCGAAUCCGAUACUGCUCAGCGCAUGAUUCUCGAGACCGCAAAGAAGUCCGGCUUUUCUGGAGGUACUGUGAUUGACAAUCCAGAUUCUAAGCGUCAGAAGAAGUACUACUUGGUGCUACAAGCUGGUGGAAUUCGGACAUUAGACACCUCAGAAAUGUCUGUCGAAGACGAUAACAACAAAAAUCACAGAUUAAAGAAGAGAAAGAAGCAGGACAUGAGCGUUAAGGACUACAUUUCUCACAAAAAGGAGCUUAAUCGCCGUCGUGGACACAGUGUUCCGCGGGACUCCAAGUAUACUGGUCGUCGCAGAAAGACGGCGUUUUAAUCGUCAUUUUGGACACAGCGCAUACAAACUUGCGUGUUUUAGGGUACGGAAAUAGGCAUUACAAGGAUUUGUUUUGUUUCUUACUAGAGUACAUUAUCAGAAGCUACAUUAAGACAUGCAAGGGUCGAUGAGACC